UUUUUUGUUGUUUUCCCCUUCCCCCCCUUUUUUUUUCUUUUCAUUUCUUUUCUUUUUCUUUUUAUAUACACAUAUAUAAAUAAAUAAACAUUAGAUGUGGGGUCGUUUAUUUCAUCUAACUGCGGAUGCUGUUCUAAUUUCUACUGUAUUAGCGGGCAUUAAGAGAAAUUCAGGAUUACAACCAGCAACAAGCAAAAUUGAAAAUGAAGAUGUACGUAAAUAUGUAGAACAAUACCUUCGAAUCGGUGAUUGGGUGAUUGAUUCAAGUCUUGUAUAUAUGAAUAAUUCACCCUAUUUUGAACGCAAGCAAUAAACAAUUACAGAAAAAAAAAAGAUACAUAUAUUUCAUGUGAUUAAAGAUAGAAGAAACUAAUAUUAUU